CCAAUCACAGUGCGAGUCGUGGGCCUCGUUUUCUCUUCAGCGUCAUUCUAGAAUGCCGCGUCAAAGAAACGGAAAAAAAAAAAACAACAAAAAGGCAGUAGGGUUAGCAUUCAGCUAAUCUCUCAGCGUUCGCCUUCAGGGUCACUGCAGCGCACCGCGGGCGUGAGCACAGCCAUGGCCACAACCCAGUCCGUGCUAGCUGUAGCUGUGUGCGUCCUCAUGAUCACUGAGAUGAUCUUGGCCCAGAAAGAUUACUAUGAAAUUCUGGGCGUUCCCAAAGAUGCCUCUGAGCGCCAAAUCAAGAAAGCCUUCCACAAACUGGCCAUGAAGUAUCACCCAGACAAGAACAAAAGCCCAGACGCAGAGGCAAAGUUCAGGGAGAUUGCCGAGGCUUAUGAAACGCUGUCCGACUCUAAGAGGAGGCAGGAGUAUGAUCAGAUACGGAGCAACCCUUUCUCCAGAGAGCACGUGCGAGGAACCAGCGGUGGUCAGUUCCAUCAGCCGUUCAGCUUUAAUUUUGAGGACGUUUUCAGAGACUUUGAUAUUUUCGGGCAGCCGACACACUCCCAGCAUAAAAGGCAUUUUGAGAGCCACUUUCAAGCCCACGAAGAGGCGCACAGAAGAAGCUUCCAGAGUUCUUUCGGCAGUGACACGUUCGAUAUGUUUUCAGACUUUUUCUCAUUCGACGGACACUCGAAUGGCGACGAGUUUCGCAGCUCAUCCGGCCAGCGGCGUUGCCACACGGUCACUCAGCGCAGAGGAAACAUGGUGACCACAUACACAAAGUGCUCCUGAUUUCUACUGCGCUGAUGUGACAUACUUUGGUUUUGAUGUUAAUUUAAUUUCUUGCUGAUGCUUGCUGUUGUGACUGAAUCAGUUUCUGUCACAUGAACAGUUGGUGCAGAGUAAUGCUUCCGACUUUACACACUUUAAAUGAAGGGCUUAAAUUCAGGGUUUUUCAAAUACUAUUUUUUUUUUUUUUAAAUCUAAAUAUCUAAACUAGAUAGAUUAAGAAGUUCCACAUGCCUGGCUUCAUGUUUUUGUAUUUUGCAGACAUAAUACCAAAAGACAGCAGAGGGCAAUUCCAGCGUUGUAGAUGUAAGAUUUGCGCUCACAUUAGCUAACGAAAUGUCUCACCGCGGAGAUACGCUUUGGAUUUGCAUAUUUAUCCUCUCGCAUGCAACGCAGACGAAUCUUAAAAACUCAUGUAUUGACUUACAUGUUUCAAAUACACAGCAAUUUACGGACACGACAUCAAACAGACUAACUUUAGUGACAGAUGACACGUGUGUGUUUUUCUACAAACUCUACAAAAGAUUUUGCAGAAAUUCUGCACGUCGCAUCAAAUAUACAACACGAAUUCACGUGAAUGAACACAGAGUACAGAUUUGAAAAUAUUUCCCGUUCUGCCGUUAAGGACGAGAGGUUUCUGAUGUUAGGGAUGUGGCCUGUCUGAAACCGUGCACCAUAUAUAUUAUAUAACGAUGCGAUUUUCUCUAUAAUUCGACCAGCGCAUGUUAAAUACGUUGAAACAUGAGCGAGAGACGUGAGUGAACACGGAAUUGCCACUGGCAUACCCUGCAAGCUGAUGAGAGAGACUUCGUGGCCCUUUUUGUCGUAUGUUGCACAGAGCUUAAAUAUAAGCAACCUUUAUUUUCUUUUUAAAAUUUUUUUUUUUAGUCCUCGCACUUUUCCCCUGAGCACCGCUCAAAGGCACACCAGCAGCGGACAGAGAAAGGGCACUUAAAACAUAGAAACCUGAUUUUAUCCACAAAACUCUUAAACUGGGGCUCUCCCCCGUAAUGUGCAAUACUUACACACGUCUUCUGCUCUGUUUGGGAAUCCUGUCAGGUAACAUACGACCACACUGCCUGUUCCAUGCCUCGGGGUUAACAGCCGUUUUCAUUUGAUUUAUAUUUAUUAUUUAUUUUCAUAAGUACCACAUUUGCAUGUGGUUGGAUGCAAAGUAACACAUUCGAAUCUGUUGUCCAACUUUAUCAGAGAAACAUCAGUAUCAUUGUCUCUGUUAUUGAAAAAAGGCUAAACAAACAGGUUGUGUAUUAUAUGAUUGUGUUUUGGUGGUUUGCUAAAGAAAACUGUUAAACCCUUUUCUGUGCUUUUGGACAUUUAAUACAACUGAGUAUCAGCUUCAUCAUUUUCACAGGAUUUUCAACUAUUACCUCGUGUCAUGACAUUGACAUACAGGAUGACGUGCAAUACUAUAUUUAGUGCUUGCUUUUUGUUUCGUUUUCUGUUUUUUGUUUUUUUUCUUUAUAGAGCAUACCUGAAGACUUUGAUGAUUGUACACAAAUACCUUCAAUACCUCUGUGGUUUAUUUUGGGUGUGUUGAUAUGCUUGAAAUGCUCUUUUUUUUUUUUUUUUUUUUUUUUUU